AUGGUUGCUAAGGCAGUACCAGCGGUGCGGGGAAGCCAGAACAUCUUGAGCAGCCCAGGACACAACACCGAUCCGAAAACUACAGCUGACAUGAUUAGGUACUUAUUAGGAUCGUGCUUGGUGGCGGUGUUGAUGGUGCCAACUGCAGCAAACUACGGAGCACCUGUGCCACAGGUCCCAAGUUAUGGUGCCAGACCUCAACAGCAAGCUUGUCAAACAUAUGUCGUCACGACCACAGUUGCAACUCCGCAGUAUUUCACAGAGACGAAGUACCAAACACAGUACCAGACACAGUACCAGACACAGUACCAGACGCAGUAUCAAACUCAGUAUAAAACACAGUACGUCACCAAAAAGCAACCAGUGUCCAUUUACGUCACUAAGACCGUCUCCAACUACGUCACCCAAACACAACAAGUGAAUCAGUACGUCACAAAAACGGUGCCAAGCUACGUCACUACUACCGUUAAAGUUCCUCAGUAUGUGACACAGUCCUGCCAAGUUUCUGGAGGGUAUGGUGGCAGUACAGGCGGAGGAUACAGCGGGAACAUAGGAUACGGCAACAGUGGAGGCCCCCCAGCUAUAGACAUACGCCAAGGACCUGCUGACGAACCUACCGUAGGCGAUGACGAAUGGGCGUGGGUCUAGAAAAGGGCGUGUGCAUGCAAGCUGUUGACAAUUGCAGCUUUCACUUUUGGAUAUCAUGUCACUGAAAAGACACAUAUCACAUGCGCUGCAGUGUGUAUAAAAAAUAAAUGACUAUAUUGAUCA